AUGCCGCCUGUAAAGCCCGGCCGACCCCACAACGCGCUGAACGCAACAGACUGGCAGCAGCUCGCGGCUCAAGUGAUGUCCAACCCCUCCAGCGACGGCUCGAGCAGCCCCUCCGCCGCCGGCGCCCUGCACAGCGCCAGCGGCCGCGCCUCCGGGGCGGGCGGCGCGAGCAACGGCCCCGGCGGUCCGGCGGGCGCGGCGGCUGGUGGCGGCUGCAGCUCGGGCGCGGCGGCUGCCCCAGGCGCCAGAGGUGCUGCCGGCGCCGGCGGCGGUGGCGGCGGCGGAAGGGGUGCCGAGCUCACACUGGACGAGCUGGUGCUGCUUCGUCAGCGCCACAGGCUGCUGUCCGUCCAGCCGCGGCCCGAGGGGUCCUUGGAGGCCGAUUUCGAGCUCAUGGAGCCGCUGGGGUCCGGCGGCCAGGGCAGCGUGCGGCGCGCGGUGCGGCGCGCGGACGGGCGCCAAUUUGUGGUCAAGACGGUGGAUGUGGCGAAGCUCAGCCCGUUUGAUAAGGCCCUGCAGAGGAAUGAGGCCAAGGCGCUGGCCGGCCUCUGCCACCCCAACGUCAUCAGGUUUGAAGGCUGGUACCAAGAGGGCGGCCUGACGCACCUCGUCACUGAGUUCGCUAAGGGCGGGGACCUGCUGGGGGCCAUCAAGGACGCGAAGAGGAGGGGGGAGCCGCUGGGGGAGGACAGGGUCAUGACCUGGUUUGUGCAGAUCUGCCUGGCACUAGAUCACAUCCACUCGAGGGGCGUGCUGCAUCGGGACAUCAAAUGCGGCAACAUCCUGCUGGCAGGCGGCGUGGCCAAGGUGGCCGAUUUCGGGGUCUGCAAGAUCCUGAACCUCGGCGGGCCGCCCAAAGACGCGUACCCGGCCGCGCCUGCGGAUUCAAGCGUUGGCAGGCAGGGGGCGGCAGAAGGCAGGGGGCCGCCCGCGGCCCCGGCCCGCGCACCUGGUCCGAUGGGGGCGGAGGCGCCGCGCGGGGGCGGCGGCGACGGCGACGGCGGCGGCGGCGGAGGGACGGGAGGCGGGGGCAAACCGGCGCCGGCGCUCGGCGGCGGCGGCGCAGGGGCGGGCUUGCCGGCUGGCGGCGGGGCCGCGCUGACGAGCUCGUUCGUGGGCACCCCGCAGUUCGUUUCACCCGAGCUCGUGGAAAGCAAGCCCUAUGGCGUAAAGGCGGACAUCUGGGGCGCGGGCUGUGUGCUGUACGAGCUCUGUGCCGGCCGCCCGCCGUUCGUGGGCGCCAGCGCGCCCGGCGUCUUCAGCCGCAUCCUCCGCGCCCGCGCGCCGCCGCUGCCGGCGUGGUGCGGCGCUGACCUGGCGCGCGUGGUGGAUUGGCUGCUGGAGAAGGCGCCGGUGAAGCGGCCGACGCUGGCGCAGAUAUUCUCGGACCCUUACGUCAGGAGAUACCUGGACGCCUACUCGCGGCAGCUGCAGGAGCACCUCCCCGCCCCCACACCGGCGCCCCGGGCCGCGCCGGCGCCGCCUGCUGGCGAGGCAUUCCCCUCCUCUGACUCAACCGGCGCCGGCGGCGGGGACGCCCCAGCCGGCGGCGCCGCCGCGCCCGACGCGGCGGCGAUCCCCGCGUUCUCGCGUUCGAGGAUUAGGUCGGCCUUGCUACCUUGGGGCCUCUGGGCAGGCACCAGCGGCAGCGGCGCCGCGGGCGGCACGGCAACGGGCGCGGCGGCGGGCGCGGCCGGCGGCGGCGGCGGCGGCGGCGGCGGCGGGGGCGCGUCGACGGGAGCCUCCGCAAAUCAAUGA